UAAACCCCACUCGCCGACUCAAAUCCCCGUCACCGCCAUUCCUCCCUUCUUCUUAAACCCACAAAAAACCCCUCUUCUUCCCCUUCUUGCCGCCAUCCUUUCCUGUGUUCCAUUUCUUGUUCCAACUCCUCACCCAUUCCACUUCUUUCCUGAACUAAAAAAGGAAAGCUCUCGUUGAAAGCUAGCAGCAGUCAUGUGCGGAGGUGCCAUCAUCUCCGACUUCAUCCCUCGUCGGGAAACCAGCAGCUCCAACCACCACCUCUGCGCCUCCAACCUCUGGCCUGAUGCCGCCUCCUCUUUCUUCCCCAAGACUCCCGAGCCCGUCUCCCAGCCCCCUCCCCCGGAGAAAGGGAAGAGGAAGAGGGAAAGGAAGAAUCUUUAUAGAGGUAUCCGGCAGAGGCCGUGGGGGAAGUGGGCGGCCGAGAUCCGGGACCCCAUGAAGGGCGUCCGCGUUUGGCUCGGCACCUUCAACACCGCCGAGGAGGCCGCCCGCGCCUACGACCGCGAGGCCCGCCGCAUCCGUGGCAAGAAGGCCAAGGUCAACUUCCCCAACGAAGACCCCCCUCCCGAGCCCCCUAAACCCCCAUCGCAGCCCUAUCACCCGCACUACUACCCACGCGGCCCCAUCCCUUCUUUCCCUCCCUCCGUUCCUCACGGCCGUCCAUUCGCUGCUCCGAAGAUGGAAACGGUGGAAUCGUUCCCUGCUCCUGCUGUUGCGAACGGUGGCGAUGGCGGCGCCGCCGCCGGCGAGGUGAAGAGGCUGUCGGAGGAGCUGAUGGCCUACGAGACGUACAUGAACUUCUUCGAGAUCCCGUACAUGGAGGGCGGAGCGGUGGCGCAGCCGGCGGCGCCGGAGGAGGAUGUGGCUGUGGCGGUGGCGGUGUCGGAGGCGGCUUCGAUCCCAUGCAAUCAGCAAGCGGCAGUGCCUACGAGUGUGGGGAUGCUGUGGGAUUUCGAUGACGUGCCGGCCACUUCCAUUGCCCUUUGAUUUCGUUGCCUUCUUUCACUGCCUCUCAAGUCCAACUGCUCUACUUGUGUAUAUUUAAAUUUUGCUGCUGUUUGUUCUUUGGUACAACAAACCGAAUGUUAGAUCUUGUUCCAUGUUAUUUUGCUUGUGAUCUGUUGUUGAAUACUUUUAAAUAUUUGCUAUGUAUAAUUUACUUUUCUGAAAAUAAGGAACUCUGAUCUAAUUUGUUACACUGAAUGAAUGGAUUAGUUCAGCU